AUGUCGACCAAAUUAGAUCUGUUGAUCACUUUGGUAGAUAAUUUGGAUACAAGAUCGACUCAGUUAUUGAAUUCGAUUCAAGAGACUAACUAUUUGGUUACCGAUAUUAUGAGUUUGAAUAAUGAUAUUUCUACAGCAGAUAAAACCAUAGAUUUUAUGGAUGAUUUGGUUUCAAGUAAUCACACCCACUUGAAUGAGUUUGAAAGUUUGUAUGAAAGGUCGUUUUUGUUGGAAUCCAAUAUGCAUUUGAACGAUGUUGUGACUAGCGAAACGACGUUAGACAACCUACGCCAAGAAUAUCGAUUUCUCAUGAACAGGUUCACAAGAAACGAUGGCUACAACUCUGUCAAUGAAAGUUCGGCGCAGGUGUCCGAAGAAGAAACUACAUUAUCGACGCAUUUCCAGACUCCUCCAAGACUCCACAACUCGAUUUCGGUAUCGAACUUGAAAUUAAAACCUAUACGGUGUAGGUCUAAGAAAAUACCUAGAAAGAAGGCAAGCAUGCGAAUUAUGAGUACUUCAACGGCUAAACCGGUAGAAAAUAGCGAUAUGUUGCCGCUCAUACCGGACGAAGAUGAAAUAACUACGCCAGUUUCCAACAUGGGAAAGAGACUGUCUAACCGUGAUUUGUUCAAUGCCCCGUUCCCUAAAAAAAUUGCAUUAUCGAAUAACGAAGCCACCACCGCUGACACAACCCAAUCGCCGCCUAGCAAAAUCAUGGACACUUUUAAAGAUUACGGUAAUGAUGAUUCAAACACAAUAUCUACAUCUCCAGAAAUAUUUGGUGAAUUGCAUUCGAGAAUAAAGAUACGAUCCAAUUCAUUACCUGAAACUCCUAAAAUUGAAAAAUUCGAACUAAACAGCUUUAAUAUCCUUAAAUCACAUACUUCAAAUACCAAUUCGUCAAAUAUAUUUCAAACAUGUAACGACGAUAGUGAACUUUUAAGACUAAAUAGGCUAAAACAUUUCAUAUCAUCUGGUAAUGUUCAACGUCAUAUACACAUGAAUGGAUGUGAUACAUCACUCUCGAAGCCAUCUCAACAUCAUAAUAACCAAUCCAUUUUUGAUAAAACUCCAACUUUUACCCCUGUUGACAUUGAAAAUAAUAAUAUCGACAAAUUUGAUAUCGAGAGUAUAUCUGUAUGUUCGGAUUUUUCUGACUACUCUCCUGAGGAGCCAACAGAAGAAUUGGAUAAUUUUGAAAGCUUCUUACGAAAGUCAAGGAUUGACUUGGCUGAAUCAUUUCCUAAUAUAAUUACAAAAGCAAAAUCUCACGAUAGCAUUUUCACAAAUGAAGAAUCAAUAUCUUUGGCAGCGUCUGCACCAGCGAAGCUGUUCAAGUUUCACAAUCCAAUAGACAAUAUGAAUUUAAAUUCUCUGAAGGUUGCUACUACAACUGUGGAACCAAUUUACUAUCAUGGAAGUGAUCAAAUAUCCCAUUCUAGUAAGGAUGUAAAUAAUAUUAAAGGAAAUACAACUAAAUUAUUGAAUGAUGUUAUGUCUAAAACUGAUCGAAAAGAGACCCCAAGUAAUAGAACACCAAAUAGAAUAAAAAAGUCAUUAUUUAAUUUCAACAUUAAUUCACCAUCUAGAUCAAUAAAGUCGGAAUUGUUACAAGACUCUAAUCCCCGUCGUGGCAGUCUUGAUUUAAUGGGCAAGUCAUUAACUGAUAGUUUCAUGAGCUUAGUUAAUACUGGAUCACUUGAAAAGCUUAAGAAAUACGAACAACCUUCUAUUCCAAGCCACUAUAAAUCGAAACCUAUAAAUACUAUUGAGCAAUCCAAUAAUGCUAAGGAGAGGCCUAUAGUCAUUAGAAAUGAUACUCUGAUUAAAAGAUUACCUCCAAGGAGAAAGGAUGGGGCACAUUCAAAUUUAAUUAUUGGGCCCAAUAAAACUAAGAUAGUUAACCACGGCGACCAAUCCGUUUUUCGGAAACCUUUGAUGACGAAGGUUAGUCGUAACUCGUUAAAUGAGGCUUUAAGUCAAAGCAUAUUAUAA